AUGGCGACGGAGGCGAGGAAACGGUCAGGGAACGGUGGUGAUAACGGAAGGAGAACGAGACCGAGGGGGGACGACGGAGGCCGUACGGAGACGGAGGACGAGGUGGAGGAAUUCUUCGCGAUUCUCCGCCGGAUGCAUGCUGCGGCGAAGUAUUUCGGCAACGGCAGCGGCAACAGCGGCAGACCAAAGGAGAAGGGGGCGAGGUGGAGGCCGACAUUCGAGUGGGAGGAUUUUGAGGGGCCUAACGGCGUUAAAUCUGACGGCGACGGCGGAACGAUUAGACGAAAGGGUAAAACGGAGAGGAAGACGGAAGAAGAAGAAGAAAGGAUGGAGGAAAAUGCGGUUUUGGGGUGCUUGGAUCUGAACGCCGAACCGGAACCAGACCACGAUGCGCAUUUUAGCCGGUGA